GUAGUAUAUUUAAGAGGUUCACAGGCUUGAAAUCAGGGUUAAUUACUUCAUUUCUACGUUUACGCUGUUGUGUCUCGUGUAACAAACUACAUAGUGUGAAUUCUUCAUGACAGGAUAAACUCUUCUCGGUUAAUUUUGAAGCUCCUUGGCCUGGCUUAGCUUGCUAGCUACUAACAAAGACGCGAAAGUUACCAAUGCACACUACGCAUGCGCCAGUCGUCAUUUUGCGCUACUGUUUUAGUUAAGGUUGCAACGAAAAUAUUGCAAGACGACAAGGUUGGUUCGUUCUCUUUUAUCGCCGCAGUGGUAGCCAUUGUUAAUUACUACUGCUCAGAAAAAAAUCGUCCCAUCGUCACUGUGAAGCUUCUCAGGCUAGCUUAGCUUGUUAGCUGCUAACAAAGAGACCCGCAAGUAAUCCAACACAUCGCUAAGCAGAGAUCAACUGUGAGAGUAAAGUGUGAUUGUGUGAAAAUGUGCGAAAGAACGAUAGCAGAGUACGAUGAGGUACUUUCUCCAACAAAAGAGGAGAACCACCGAGAACGUCAACUCCUGGACGCUGUUUUCAAGAAGCAUCAAGUUGUGUUACACAGAGCAGGUGUCAGUGAAGAGGAUCUUCCCCCUGAGCAAGAGGAGCCACAGCCCCCCCACAUUAAAGAGGAGGAGGAGGAGUCAGAGCCCACCCAAAUUUAUGAGGAGGAGCCAGGACCCCCCCACAUUAAAGAGGAAGAAGAGGAGCCACAGUUGCCCGACAUUAAUGAGGAAGAGAUGGAGCCCCAGACCUCCCACAUUAAAGAGGAAAAGGAAGAGCCCCGGUCCCCCUGCAUUAAAGAGGAAGAGGAGGAGUACAGCAUCAGUCAGGAAGAAGGGCAUCUUGAAGGACUGGAUGAGUUCCCAGUGGUGCGUGUCAUUGUGAAGAGUGAAGAUGAUGAAGACAAAGAUGAAAGUGAGGAGAAGAGAGAGGUGGAGCCUCCAAGCAGCAGCUCAACUCAACACAUGACAACAGAAGCUGAUAGAGACCACUGUGGAGGAUCACAAGCAGACAACCUCAUCGCUCCGCUGUCAGAUGAUGACGACGUAACGUCACACUCUUCUGACACUGAUGAUGAAGACGCUAAAGCUGAUAUGACAUGUCACACUGACAACACACACUUUAAAUGCUCUCAGUGUGACAAAACGUUUAAUCACCGUUGCAGUCUGAAAAGACACAUGACAAGUCACACAGGAGAGAAACCAUUUGCGUGCUCAGUUUGCAGUAAAAGAUUCUCUCGGAAUGCAGAUUUGACAAUACACACAAGAACACACACCGGAGAGCAACCUUUUUCUUGUUCGGUGUGUGGUUUGGGUUUUGUGCGAAGUCAGCAUUUGAAAAUACACAUGAUAGUGCACACUGGAGAGAAACCAUUCACCUGUUCAAUCUGUGGUGCAGGAUUUGUACGAAAUGGAGAUUUGAAAACGCACACAAGAAGACACACUGGAGAGAAACCUUUUUCCUGUACAAUCUGUGGCGUAGGUUUUGUACGAAGUGACAUUUUGAAAACACACAUGAGAAGACACACUGGUGAGAAACCUUUUUCCUGUACAAUCUGUGGUAUGGGUUUUGUACGGAGUCACACUUUGAAAAUACACGUGAGAAGACACGCUGGAGAAAAACCUUUUUCCUGUUCAGUGUGUGGUAAAAGUUUUGUGGAAAGUCACUAUUUGAAUAGACACAUGAGAAAACACACAGAAGAAAACCUAUAUUCCUGUUCAGUCUGCAACAAAAGCUAUUCUGAGCGAUCGGCACUUGUGAGACACAUGAGAAUACACACCGGUGAGAAAGUGUUGAGUUGCAGUGUGUGUGAGGAAAGAUUCUCUUAUAAGUACCAGCUUAACAAUCACAAGUGUGCUGGUGAGAACAACAGCAGUAAAUGAAGCUCCAUGAGUUGAAAUAAACAGUCAAUACUUUAAUAACUUUCCAACAUAACCACAUUUAAUGUGUGACUUUGUUGUGUGUGUUAAUAUGCUUCUAACAUUUAAAUGCAA